GAUACCUGGUCUUCGAGUGGGUCACUUCAGAAUGGUCUAAAUGUUCCCAGACCUGUGGUGGAGGAGGUUUCCAGAUGAGAGGUGCGCAGUGCACGGUGCGCACCUCCCCCUCCACCUCCCACUCGCCCAGGAGGAUCGUUCCUAGUAGGCACUGCGAGAAUGCCAACCUAACCGCACCUGAUAAGGUUAAGUCCUGUGGAGGGGCGGGAUGUCCUCAUUGGUCGGCGGGGGAAUGGAGUCCUUGCGAAAGUUCACGGUGUUUCAAUUGGAGGACAGCGAUGCAGAGGAGAGAAAUUAAGUGUCGUUCCCUCCGAGAGUUAGAAAAUGGAACACAGAUUGUUAGUUUACUGGAAUUAAGUAACUGCGAGGAAAGUUCAAAGCCAACACAGAGGAGAGAGUGUUACAACGAUGCUUGCAAAGGAGUCUGGAGAGUCGGAGAAUGGUCAGAGUGCACAGCCUCCUGCAACGAGAAUGGAAUUAAAUACCGAAUUCUUCAAUGUGUCUGGUUUGGAACGAAAAAGCCAGCUGGAAACGCCUGUAGGAACAUUCCAAGGCCCUCCGUCAUGAAAACCUGUAGAAGUUAUUUGUGUCCGAAUCCCUCCGGGCAAUCGGAGAGGAAAGAAAAUUGAAUUUCCACGCCAAGUGCCACUUCACCUGCGAAGCAAUGCUGCGAUCCUGCCAGGAGACUCGAAAGGCUCAACGAGUCAAAGAAUUAUUAAUACUAACAAUUAGAAUAACAAUUAUUAACGUUUAAGAGAGGGAGGGAGGGUGUAAAGAGAAAUAAUUCUUGUUAAUGAGAGGGUAGGUUUGACUCCGCUGAGAUUUUUUUAUUAAUAACUUUCUGCAUUCCUCAUCUUAAAAUUAAUGAACAAACGAUUUCUUGUCUUUCAGGAAUUUGAAAAUCAUUUUUUACAUUUAAAUUCGCAUUUGUUAUUUGGAUAUUGGUUGUCCGAAAAUAUUAUUAAAAAUCUCGAGUUGUCUGA